GCCACAACUGGUAUUCCUGCGAGUGCAGUAAAUUUUAGUAUAUCAACAAACUAGUUUCAAGCAUGGCGAAUCUUUACCAAAUUCUUCUGUUGCUCCUAAUGUUUUGCGCUGAAUCACGUUCAGAAUCAAAGAAGAUUUCUCAAUGGAGUUAUACCAGGUGUUCCAAAUCGCCAACCCAACAAUCUACCAUCAAUUUUACAACCAAAUUGCCCUCCUUGUGGUAUGGAUAUGAUGUAGCAGUCAGAGUUAUACCAAGUGACCCCACUGUAGAUCACGAGUUUAAUGCGACAGUGACCGAAAUCAAAAUCAAGAAUAACGUUGCGAUUGUUGAACUCAAUAGAACAGAUCAAAAUAUGGGUUGGGAUCAAAUGCCAAUUACUGUGAUCGUCACUGAAACAGGGUACGACAUUACUGACUACAUUCGUCGAACUGCGUCAGUGCAUUACAACUUAAAUGAAGGGAAUUACGUCGCAAAUGUUGUCCCAAAUCGUGUUUCUAAAUUGAUCAAUAAAGGCUUGUCAAAAUCGCCAGCAUUGCAAAGCAACCCUGAUCGGCAACCCACAUUGUCGAGCGAUGAUCAUAACGGAAGAAAAUACUUGAUUUUUAAUGGAACCAAUCAAGUGCUACUGGUUCCUACAUUGAAUAUUAACACAGUUAACAUGUUGUCAGUCACUAUCGUUUAUCGAGUCGAUGGAUACGAGAACAGAGAUUCUACAAAUAGAAACGGCUUGUUCGGCGACGACAAGGGUGGCAAUUGGAAAAAAAUUGUUUAUGUUCAAAACGAUGACAAAAUAAUUAUAUCCGGAACAACCUCCACAUAUUCCACAAUAAAUGCUCGCAAGGAAAAUGUAAACGCUGCUGCAAUCAAUGUGUGGAAUGUUCUUACAGUUCAAUGGGACGUGGAUGCUGGAGUGAAUGCAAGUAGUGUUUGGUGCAACGGAAAACUACUUUCACGUUUUCAAGCAAGACAAGUUUUAGGAGCGCCCACCUUUUAUAUCGGUGACAUAAAAGCUACAGCACAUCUGCCAUUUAAAGGAGCGAUUGGGGAAUUUUUGAUGUACCAAAGCCAAGUCCUUUCAGAUGAAAUGAUAACUGAUCACCACCAAUAUUUCAUGAGUCGGUGGUCAAUCUCGUCGUCAUAA